CGCUCGGCCGCCGCCGCCCACUCUCCCCCCGCCGGCUUUGCGCCCCGACUGGAGGGCGGGCAGGCAAUAAAGGGCGGCUGCGAGCCGGGCGCGGGCCCGGGACUGAGGACACCUUGCAGCCGGCAGCGCACCCCAGGAGGAAAGGUGGGAGCCCCGCCCGCCACCAAGCAGGAGCGGCGGCCCCGGGAGCCCGGGUCUUGCGGGGCCAGGUGUCCAGAAUCCUGCAGUGUGUGAUAAGUUCCUUGUCCAUUCUUCAAGUCCAGAGGAACUCUUGGUGCCAGAGCACGUAUCCACUUCUCCCUACAAACACCCAGCAAUGAGAGGUGAAACCAGCUGAAUGCACCUGGCACUUCAGGGAACAUAGGUUUGGCUGGAAGAAAAAUCCCCUCAGGAUUUUUCAAAGACUGUUCUGCCAUGACCACUGCACGUUACCGGCCCACCUGGGACCUGGCCCUAGACCCACUGGUGUCCUGCAAACUCUGUCUUGGGGAGUAUCCUGUGGAGCAGAUGACAACCAUCGCCCAGUGCCAGUGCAUCUUCUGUACUCUGUGCCUGAAACAGUAUGUUGAGCUCUUGAUCAAAGAAGGAUUAGAAACUGCAAUCAGCUGCCCUGAUGCUGCCUGCCCUAAACAGGGCCACCUACAGGAGAAUGAGAUUGAAUGCAUGGUUGCAGCUGAAAUUAUGCAAAGAUAUAAAAAGCUACAAUUUGAAAGAGAGGUGCUCUUGGACCCCUGUCGGACUUGGUGCCCAGCAUCUGCCUGCCAGGCUGUGUGCCAGUUGCAAGAAUUAGGACCGCAGACCCCUCAGCUGGUGCAAUGCAAAGCCUGUGACAUGGAAUUCUGCUCCAACUGCAAAGCCAGCUGGCAUCCUGGCCAAGGAUGCCCAGAGACCAUGCCCAUCACCUUCCUUCCUGGGGAGACAAGCUCUGCCUUCAAGCUGGAGGAGGAUGACGCGCCCAUCAAGCGCUGCCCCCAGUGCAGGGUCUACAUAGAGCGAGACGAGGGCUGUGCACAGAUGAUGUGCAAGAGUUGCAAGCACGCCUUCUGUUGGUACUGCCUGGAGUCUCUAGACGAUGACUUUCUCCUGAUCCAUUAUGAUAAAGGGCCCUGCAGGAACAAGUUGGGCCAUUCCAGGGCAUCUGUGAUCUGGCAUCGGACACAAGUUGUAGGCAUUUUUGCUGGAUUUGGGCUCCUGCUUUUGGUGGCCUCACCCUUCCUGCUCCUGGCCACUCCAUUUGUCCUUUGCUGCAAGUGCAAGUGCAGUAAAGGUGACGAUGACCCACUACCCACCUAGAGUGAAGCGUGAUGCUGGAAGAAGACCCAUGCCUCCAGGAAAUGUGGCUCUCCCCCACCCCAUCCUGCCGCCCCCCCUCACUAAACAUCUUUCUGCCUUAUGUGCUCCAUUGAGCUUCACAGUGUCACGCCGGAUGCCGUGAUUUCAGGGACUGAUGUCAGAACGUUUGUGGUGACCCCAGGUGCAAUUACCUAGGCAUGUGGAAAGCAAGGCUGGCACUAGUAGGACACAUCCCCACAGAAUUGGUCUCUGCACAUUUGACAAGGGAGUUGCUGUCAGAAGCACAGCGAGAACGUUUUCUCCCAGUAGUGAUAGACUAGGAGUGUCUGGUGGCUGCUUAAGAGACCUUCUCAUACAAAAUUUUCUAAGUCUUCUCUGUGGCUUCAAGAUGGCACUGUGUAGCUGAGAGAAGUCUUUUUUAAAGGAUUACAACUCAUGUCAGACAGAGUCCAAUUAGUCUGACUUGAGAAAAGCACUCUGUUUAUGACAAAUGUUUUUAUUUCUAAUAGCAUUUAGUAAAAUCCUUUUUUAGAAGGUGUUCUCUUCUUCUUCUCCUCCUCCUCCUCCUCCUCCUCCUCCUCCUCUUCCUCCUCCUCCUCCUCCUCCUCCUCCUCCUCCUUCUUCUUCUUCUCCUCCUCCAUCUCUUCCUCCUCCUCCUCCUCCUUCUUCGUAGUGAAAAUCAACAAGGUGCAUCUAAACCAUCUUAUGCCUUUCUUAAAAUUUGCAUUUAAAGAAGUUAUUGUUUAAAGACUUUUCUGGCUAGGCCACUUUUUAGGAGAUUUGGAAAGCCUUAUGCUCUCUUUGUGUUUCUCUUGAAUCUUGUAAUGACUUUUUGACUGCUGUGAGCUGUGUACUGUCACAUAUAUGGCUCUUCUAUCAGCAUUUCUUUGGAGCUCCUGACAUUUUUAAAGGACCAUCUCCAUUACUAGAUUUGCCUUUUUGUUUUUCUUCUCCUUGGUGAUUUUAUUCAGCUGCCAGGAUUUUACCCCUUCUCACCUAGAUAUCAACAGAUACAUUUUUUAAAUGUCUUCGGAAAGCAAAAGUUUUACUAGGGCAUAGUUUCCUGGGAAACACAGCAGUUUGGAUGCUUGUCUGUCUCCUCAAAUAGUGCAAAGAAUAUGAUGGUAUUACUGAUCCUCAGAGACAGGGCAUCCUGACAGGGCUGGAAAACAAGAUUUUUGGAUUGUCUCCAUUUUUAAAUGGCUACGUUAUGUUGGAGAAAGCAUAGAUCUUACAAUGUGCCAAGUCCUGUUGCUGAUCAUUUUGCCUCUGCUGAAAAACAUCUUCCAUUUCACUCCCUUAGUCUGAUGAAAAGGGAUUUUACCACUGGGUCUUUUAUAGGUCAUAUGUGACUGUUACCGUGGCAGCAGAUGCAGUGCUCAGUAAGAACACACACACACACACACACACACACACACUCACAUUCACACACACUAUUCCGUCAAUUAACUUUGAAAAAUGAGGAUAGUGUAUUCUUUAAAGGGGGUUGACUUAAUGUGGCUUUUAAAGUUGCAUGUGCUUUGCAAGAUCAAAGUGAUUGCAUUGAACUUGGGACUUCUUUAAAAAAUAACAGAAAGUCGAAUGUUGCAGAUGUAUUAUAAUGGGACGUUUUAGAACUUUUUAAGCAUUCCAGAAAGACAAAAUCUGACUCUUAACCUUUUUUUUUUUUUUUUUUUUGCUUUUUGCAAGCAAAUUUGUGAAGUAGGGUGGAGUUUUGCACACUUGACUUCUGCAUCUGUGUACCUUUCCUCAGGUCUUGGCUUUCCUUCCUACUUAGAACAUUCCCCUUCACUCCUAAACAUUUGCUAGGUCAGACAGUGUGGGAUUGCCUCAUUCUUUACCUUCCGUAUUUAUUUUCCUUGUAAAACUGAUGUCAUUUAGGAAGUCAGUGUGGAUCCAAAACAUGCUGAUUUUGUUUGUUUGUUUAAUUGUGGUUUCAAAAUUCAGUAGUGAAGGGCCCAGGAUAGUUUUAGUGGGUUUGAUAUCUGACAUACCCUAAAAUAUAUAACUAGAAGAAGAAUAUUCCUGAGACCAACUUUUGGGGAGAAACCUGGGUUCUGAAUCUCUGGAGCUGGAGAGGUUAUCAUAGCGUUUUAGUCGUUUUUGUGGUAGGAGUGUCUUCUUCUGGUGAGGGGGGACCAUCCUGUGAGUCCUGAAGAUAAGGUUGGUGGCCUGAAUCUGAGAGGUCAGUCCGUGAUUUGUGAAAACAGUUAUUUGGCUAGCAACUUUUAUGGCACCUGUCAAAGAUGGCAGACUGGGGGUUCUGUUUCUAGUGAUCCCCAGGGCAAGCUUUCCUCACCACCACACCCCCAUCCCUGCAGCCUACCAAGCCUGUUUGUACUACUACCCAUUACACUUUUCAAGAAUGCAUAUAUUAGUUGUGCCCUUUGCUUGGGAGAAAAGUGACCAGAGCCUUUGGAAAAGUGUAUUCCCUAGGCUGGAGCUCAGAUUUAGACCCCUUUGUUCUCAGUGGGGUCAACCACCCACUCUGGAAGAAGGAGUUUAUGGUUCAGCAUUAUAGCCCAAUAUCACUUAUGACUUUUCAUCCUAUGAGUUUUUCAAGCAUGCACUUUGUCCUUGGCAGGAACCCUGGAGAUCUGAAAGUAGCACGUCUAUAUUCUGAGCUUCUGCGUCAGGCCUGUCUCAGUUCCAUUCCAUAAUAACAAACUAAACAUUAUCCAUUUCCAAGUAAGAUACCAGCAAGAACACACUGAAAUCCUUCUAUACUAUUGCAAUUCAGCCAUCAGACUUUUUUUUAAGAUAGGGCUGUAUACUCAUUGUUCAUGGAUUUGCAAUGUUAACAAUGCCUGCAUGAUCUAACAUGUAAAUAGAAUGUGAGAAAUGAUCUGCACUUUGAUUUGAGCCUUGCUAUUAUUCCCCAGUAAAACUUUGGGAUUUGUACACUUAGUAGGCAGACUCAUUCAUAUCACUAAUCACAGUUUAUCAUAAUUUAAAAUGGCAUCCACUUUUACAGAUCUUUAUACUUACACUCCACCAACACAUGUAAGUCAGUUCUUCAAGAGGCAUUUAACUCCUGGGUUGAAAGGGAAGAAAACUCACAGAGACAGACAGUGGACCAUGGCUGAUUCUAUGACUGGUUGGGAUGGUGAUGGCGACCACAGAUGACCCAUGGUUUCUCUGAGUCCCUUUAGUAAGAGAUUAUGUUGUCCAGUUAUGAUGGGCAUGCUUAAAAUCUCGGUCUGGUUCUGUUGUGUGUCCCGUAGCCCAGCUAGCUAAGCUUCCCUGUCACAGGAGACCAGUGUCGCAAAAGAAAGAUUCACUAUGGACAUUCAUGAAGCAAAGACUACCUUAGGCUCAGAGCAUAAAUAAAAAAACUUUGGUUGCAUGAAUUGCUGUCCAUACCAGUUCUUACUCAACCUCCCAGUUCUCGACAGUUUGAAGAGACAACAUCUGCUAGUUCUGGCAUACAGGGGAUGUUGUCCUCUUUACAACUUAUUACUGCAUAAAAUCUGUUUAAGGACCAGGCCAAUUCCUAAUUAAAAUAUAGGGUCCAUAGAGAAAGGGACUCUUAGAUAUGCAAAUACACACACACACACACACACACACACACACACACACAUAUAUAUAUAUAUAUAUAUUCUCACUUAAAAGUUAAGAGUUACUUUGCAAAUUAAAAUAGAAGGUUGUUCCCUUGGUAGUCUUUAAAAACUAAGAUUGGAAAGAACCAGGGUGAGACUUUUGUUUCUUUUUGUAUAUUUCUCAGAUGCCCAGUGACUAAUAACUAUCCCUGUAUAUAUUAUAAAUAAAUCACAGUGGAAUAAUUAAGGGAAGGAAUUUUGCAUGUAUAAAGCCUCAUGAAAUUCUCCUUAAAAAUACCAAAGCCUGUUCAUCCCUUAUGAUUAACCCAAUUCCUUAUGAAAAUAAACAAAAGGAAGAGAUUAUGAUGGGUAUUGCCAAUAAAUAAAUAAAUUUUUUUAAAAAGCCAAAUGAAACAAAGGGGCCUGAGUUCAAUAAUUGCUAAUGCAACAUAACUAGGAAAGCAUGCUUUUUUUUUUUUUUGGUACUUAAAACCCAUGGUCUCUCUCCUUCCUUUGAUUUGCUGUAACCCUGUCUUCCACAACUCCAGGACCCUUCAAUUAAGGGUAGGUUCCAGCCACAGGCCUACUUUUUGUUUUAUUCUUUGCUCAUUGUUUACCAUGGGUGUAUUUUAAUCUUGUAUAAAUAUGCAUGCAUAAGCCAUGCACAUAUAUACAUUCUGUAUUCAACAAGUGGU